CUUAUUUGUGUCGAUUCGCAUUUUUUGUACCUCUAAGCAGUACCUGCGUUAUUUCGAGGGAUCUCACGGCUGAAACCACAUCAUGUACGCAGAAAAAAGCUCAGGAGAGCAUCAACAAUAGAUUGGCCCUGGUAGUAAAGAGCGGAAAGUUUACUCUCGGAUACAAGACCACAUUGAAGUCAUUGCGCGGUGGAAAGGGCAAGCUCAUAAUCAUCACAAUCAAAAACGUCCUCCUUUGAAGAAAUGAGAAAUUGAAUACCACGUCAUGCUCUCCGAGACCGGUGUGCACCACUACAGUGGAAAAAGCGUCAACCUGGGAACUGCCUGCGGAAAGUACUACCGAGUUUUUUGUCUCAGCAUCACAGACCCUGGCGAUUCGGACAUCAUCAUGUCAUUGCCCACCGACUAACUUCUUCCAUCUUGAUGUGUUGGAGGAUGCGAAUUGUUAGAUAAGAAGUGGAAGGUAUAGUUAAUAUCGGGAAGAAGUUCUAUGACUGAAUUGAACUCAAAAUGAAAUGAGAAGAGUGUUGAUCUUUUUGUGGUAGAUCAUCUUGAAAAUAGUGUGUGAUAGAAUCAGCAAUUCUUACUCCGUACUGAAUCCAUCGGAAGCUUGUGAAGAGGUUUCUGUUCUAUUUUUAGUGCGAUGGUCCUGUUUGAGCUAGACUUCGGUACCUAGGAGUUUCCUGGAUCUGACUGCAAAUUUUCUUACCAGUUUGCACAAGUUACAGCAAUCUUUAGAUGAACUUGUUUUCACUCGGAAAGUCUUGUGUUGUGUCCUAUUGGCUCCUUUGUGAGCUACUUGGUUUCACAGUGUUCCUGUUAUCCGUUCUCACUAUAUUGGUGAAUAUUUUCAUGCCUGAUAGCAAAAGGUUCAGCGAUUAGCGUAAGGUGAAUAGAGAGUUUUUCACUUGAGAAAUCCUCCUUUGUGUGUGCGUGAACUUACAUGUAUGGAAAAUUUGUCACCUUAAAAUUGAUCACUUGUCUGCUUCCUUUGGUGAAGUCAUUUACCCAAGAAUUUCACCGAAGUUUGAAACAGAUGAAAACAACUCGAUUGCAUUUAGCGUUCGAUCAUGAUGAAGGAACAAGGGCAAUUAUAUAUCUCCAAC